GCCAUUUGUUUUUGGAAAGUGUGAAACCUUUCUCUGUCGAGUGUGGUUGAGUUUUUGAGCGAGGACCAGGGCAAAACAGUCAGUGGUCCCUCGACAUCCCCUGCUGAUCGUCCCUUGCUAAUAGUAGUACUAGUACCACGUGUGGACCUCUCUGUCCCUAAUUUCCCCUCGUGUUGACCUCAGGAGCUCUCUAGCUCUCUAGCCACAACCAGCUAUGUUUCACGCAAUCUCUAUCAAACCCGGCGAGAAGCACGUGUCGUCAUUGCGAAUGGUAUGGCGUGUUACAUCCGCUGCUCUAGACAAGUCCGUCACAUUGUCUGCAACCGAUGCUAACAGCAAGAAGGCCACUGCGAUAUGUUUCCAUAAGGAUGGCGUUGCACACACUCUGUGCACGCUCAGACCUAUGGUUUGUGAGCAGCAGAUGCUGGAUUUGGCCAUUGCUCCUGAUCAGCCUAUAGAGUUCGCAGUAUCCGGUGCCCAUCAAGUCCACUUGUCUGGUAUGCUCAGUUUUGAGAACGACAGUGACAGCGACGAUGGAGAAUACGAAUCCGCAUCCGAGGAGGACGACGAUAUAAUGCAUGGCUUGCGAUUUGAAGAUGACAGCGAUGAUGAAGAUGAUGAAGGUCUUGGCGAUGCAUCAUACGGCACGAUGGCCUUGGCAGCUAUGGCCCAGGGGCAGGAUUUUGAUGAUGGUGAUGACUCUGAAGAUGAUGAAGAAUGGGGAGAUGAUGACGAGGAGGAUGACGAUGAAGAGGAUGAUGAGACUGAUGAAGAUGACUCCGAUGAAGACGGCCCUCGCAUUCAAGAGCUGACCGCCGAGGAACUUGAGGCAUUCCAGAAGUCCCAACAACAAGCAAAUCGUGUAAAGAGGGAGAAGAAACCAGUAGCUGCUGCUGCAAAGAAACCAGCAGCUGACAAGACACCAGUCAAGGCUGCAAGCAAAGCUGACAAAUCACCCGCUAAGUCACUCAAGUCACCAGCUGUUAAGCAUGAUGACAAUGGCGAGCCCCUGGCCAAGAGAAAACCAGUGCCUGCUGAAAGCCCUAAGCCACAAGAGACCAAGAAAGCCCAACAAUCACCUGCUGCCAAGGACACCAAGCCCCAGCAACAGCAGCCCCAGCAGCAAAUCAAGUUACCAGGUGGCAUGACAGCCAAGACUAUCAAGGGAGGAAACGGCAAAGCGGUCAAGCCUGGAGCGAGAGUGUUUGUCCGCUAUCGUGGACGGUUGGCACAAAACGGUCGCGAGUUUGAUUCCAACAUGACUGGAAAGCCGUUCCAAUUCCGCCUUGGCAAGGGAGAGGUGAUCAAAGGAUGGGACGAGGGUGUGAAAGGCAUGAAGGCUGGUGAAGUGCGCGAGCUUAAGAUUCCUCCUGCACUUGCGUACGGCUCACGUGGAGCUCCACCCAGCAUUCCCGGCAACAGUACGCUGCUCUUCACUGUGGAGUUGCUGCGCUUCAAGUAAACCCACACUAUCUCCCAUGCCCCCAACUCGCUCAAAACGUGUUAACACAGGCACACACCAGCUAACGACUAUGACAACAGGUUGCAGUUUAUUUUUCAUCUUUUCUUGCAACGUUGUGUGUCACAUAUCUCACUGGUACACGACCAGUUGAAGUCUAUACACACGAUUACAUCAUUCAGGAGUAACAGCUGUGUGUAACUGGGGUUAGCCUCCUGCUAGCACUAUUACAUCAUUGAGUGUGUUGAAUGACAUCAUAAUUUUCUAGACUAAGCAACAGAGUCUCCUCUUUGCUGAUGGUGGUGUUGCCAGGCGAUGCUACCAUCAUCGAAACGGCUUGAUCUUGAAUAAUGACAUUGUGUGGUUUGCAUAACGCAUGCGGUUGUGUGUUUUUUCACCGUAUGAUCAGACACACACCUACACGGCUACAACCAUACUCAUACGCAGGUGUACAUCUUUCUACAGAAAUGAUUUUGAGUCGUGUUCAUUAUGGAUACCGGUUUUUUUUACUUCUUUGUGUGUACACAUAUUACAGUGCACUGAAAGUUUUCCAGGCCAA